AGAUCAGGUACCGACUCGAUAACCGAUUUUACUCGGAGGAGAGCGCGGUUUUUAUCGUUGGCGGAUGCCACUUCGCGAUUUUCGUCGUGUGUCGUCAUUUCCGUUCGUGGAUGGCAAUCUUGAUGCUGAAACGAGGCAACCGCACGGAAUCGUUCGUUUAUUCUUGCCAACUGUAGACGGGAAUCGACAGGUGUGUGAAAAUGCCGGAUACUAAGGCAAUUGCACAGCUGACAAUCACAACGUGAGCGGUUGUUCGUUUCGCGGAUCAUCCGGGGGAUAAUGAUUACAGAACAGACCUGGAGCAUGAUGCUGGACAGUGAUGUCACGGGCAUCAAUGAGUUGAGUAUUUCCCCGAGGAAACAAUUAUGGAUCAAGGCAGUGAAGAAGCUGACUUCCGAGAGGCUAGGAAGGGAAGGAUUGGCGGCAUGGCAGGACCGGAAUUCCAACAACGACACGGAAGUUCCAGACGUUGAAGAAGCGAUCGAGCCAACCGAGGAUGCAGAAAUUCCAGCGGACCCGGAAGUGGUUCUUCCCGAACAACCAGUUGAUGCUGAAUCUCAAACUCAACGAGAUGUUUUCAAGAAAGGAGUACUCUAUAAGGGAAUAUUUUGUCCGUCGUUGUCGAACAGCUUCCACAGCAAACAACUGGAAACAUCCUAUCUGCACUACUCGAAUCGUCAGCGGCAGAAAUCGUUGCUCAUGCUCAAUAUCGUCGACCUCAGCCUAAAGAUUAUUCUUAUGGUGAUAUGGCUAUGGAAGAGGGACGAGAACAGCAGCGGCUUAAUCGAGUCCUUGUCCUGGGCAAUCUGCUGCAUGGCUGCGAACAUGGUGGUUUGCAUUCUUGGCUGGUGGCGGUGUUUCUCCAAUAAUUAUUUAUACUGGGCUUCCAUAUUUACUUGGUUACUGAUCAACUCGCAAGGUUUUAUAGGGGCCGGUUUGGAUUUCUCCAAUCAACAACGUCUUAUGUGGUACAUAUUGUUUGUCGUGUAUGCACCGUACGCCAUGCUGCCGUUACCUUUGAGAUGGUGCGUCCUCGCCGGUUACGGGACAGCUUUGACCCACAUGGUGAUGGCUGGAAUUACUUUAUUGCGGGAUCCUACCUAUCUGCACGACGUCACGUGUAUAGUUCGAAUGCUGACGACCAACGUUUUGCUUUAUCUUGCAAUGAAUCUGGCAGGCAUGUAUACCAAAUAUUUGACGGACAGAGGACAGAGACAGGCAUUCUUGGAAACGCACAGAUCUAUGGAAACCAGGCAACGAACUCAAAAUGAAAAUAAUCGACAGGAGAAGCUGCUUCUUUCUGUUUUACCGGAUUUCGUGGCUAAGGAAAUGAUCCGUGAUAUAGCCCGUGAAACUGCCCGAGGUGGAACCAUCUCCUUUACCCCUAAUCAAUUUCACAGAAUAUACAUCCAUCGCUAUGAAAAUGUUAGCAUACUUUUCGCUGACAUCAAAGGCUUCACCGCUUUGGCCAGCCAGUGUAGCGCCCAGGAACUCGUCAAGGUAUUAAACGAUUUGUUUGCACGUUUCGACAAGCUCUCCGCAGAAAAUCAUUGUCUGCGUAUCAAGUUGCUCGGAGAUUGUUACUACUGUGUUUCCGGAUUACCGACUGCCAGGAGCGAUCAUGCUCAUUGCUGCGUCGAAAUGGGUUUGCACAUGAUUAAAGCGAUAAGAGAUGUGCGAUAUACGACGAAGGUCGACUUAAAUAUGAGAAUAGGGAUACACAGUGGUUCAGUGCUGUGUGGUGUGUUAGGACUUCGAAAGUGGCAGUUUGAUGUCUGGUCUUAUGAUGUAACGUUGGCCAACCAUCUCGAAAGUGGAGGCAUACCAGGGAGGGUGCACAUUUCAGAGGACACCCUAAACUGCUUGAACGACGUGUAUGAAGUGGAGCCAGGAAACGGGACUGAAAGAGAUAAUUACUUAAAAGAGAGAAACGUGGUGACGUAUUUAAUUAAACAAGUAGAACCUCAAAGAUCUAGGCGGAGGUACUCUGCUCGUCCUAAGAUAUGGUCCGAGGACGAUGCAAAUAAAGGUAAAAAGAGCUUCAAACUGAACAAUCCAUUGUCUGCGAACAGCAGUGCUCCAAAUUGUUCGACAGAAGACGACAUAGGAGUUGAUUGGACACCGGAGAUACCGUUCGAAAACUUGAAUACCGCGACAUCGGUCAGUAAUUUGGAAUCAGAGUACCUGGAAGAAGAGAAUGGUUCUGCUAAGGUUAAAGCUGCAAACGCGGAGAAGGCUGCAGGUCUUGAAACUGCGAGCAAUAAGCGUAUGAGAUCGGCGAACAUAAACGCUUGGACUUUGCGUUAUAAUGAUGAAAGUCUCGAAUUAAAGUUUGGUCAGUUACGCGAGGAUAUGUUUAAAUCAAACAUGAUUUGUUGCUUCGUUGUGUGGAUAUUUAUUGCCAUCUGCCAAGCUGUAAUAUUACCAGAUUGCGUCAUUCUUCUAGUCUGCCUGUUGCUGACUACACUCAUUCUGAUAGCAUCGUCCAUCCUGGUGAUGGCUGAGGAGUUUAAAAGCCUGCCAGCGUAUUUGCAGCAUGCCUCCUCCAUGUUGGUGCACAACAAGCAGCACCGAACAAUCUUCAUAUGUAGCGUGAUCAGUUUAAUGGCUUUGACGUCAAUCGUCGGCAUUUUAGCCUGUCCAACGUCGAUUCGACGAUACCCAGAAGCUCUGGCUAUCAGACAACAGCUGGAGACCCCAACCUUGCAACCCGAACGAUUGGUAGCGACGACAGUCGGCCUCGACCAAUUUAUUCUGACGUUUCUAGAGGCGGCUCUUCGCGACGAGUCCCUCGAAGAACGAGAGAAGAUCUCUGCUAAGGAAAACGAAACUGUACCGCGAAGCUUUAACAGCGUAGAGAUGGAGCUGACGAGGAUUCUCGAUGGCAGGGCUGGUCUGGCGAAAGGUCAAAGAAGAAAAGAAUUUUUCAGGUUUUAUAGAUACGAGCAACGUCAUAGACUCGAGUCUAAAAGACAUUAUCAAAAAUUUGCUCGUAAUCGUAGGGGUGAAGACGUUGUAUCGAGGAAAAUACUGUCCACACCGGAAACGGGACCUCAAGCAGAACCUAUCUAUACAAUGGAUUACGAUGAAGUUGUCUUGGAGACAACUUGUGUACAGCCAGAGUACAUAGUGUUCACGUGGAUUUUAUGUCUGAUCGCGUUAGCCUCGGCUCUGAAGUUAUACUAUUUAGUGAAAACUGCGCUGGCCACGAUUAUCGUGACUGUUUAUGCUGUGCUGAUCCUGGUAGUCUGUAAAGACUUCUUUACCAUUCCCGACAAAGAGAAGGAUUCGCCAUCAAUACCUCUAUCUGCACAAAUGUUGACAUUUCUGUUAGUGUUCCUGGUGAUGGUCACGUACCAUGGCAGAUUGGUAGAAGUGACGUCCAGAUUGGAUUUUCUGUGGAAACAGCAAGCUGAACGGGAGCUGAGCGAUAUGAUCGAAUCUCGGCAUAACAAUAUGCAGCUUUUGAAAAAUAUUUUGCCGGAUCACGUGGCUCAUCAUUUUUUAACGCAGGAACGAGCACCAGAGGAAUUGUAUUCGCAAUCGCGUGACAAAGUUGGCGUGAUGUUCGCCAGUGUACCAAAUUUCACAGAAUUUUAUUCAGAAGAUGUUAACAAAGGAAUGGAGUGUAUUCGUUUAUUAAAUGAGAUCAUUGCUGAUUUCGACGAGCUCCUAGACGAAAACCGAUUUCAUUGUAUUGAGAAGAUAAAGACUGUCGGUGCAACUUACAUGGCAGCCUCUGGACUUAACCCAUGUCAAAAUGACAAAACUAAAGAUGAUAUGGAACAUCUGUGUAGAUUGGUCGAUUAUGCGGUAGCCAUGCGACUUCGUCUCGAAGACGUGAACAUUCACUCGUUUAAUAAUUUCGAUUUAAGAGUAGGUAUUAGCUGUGGUCCAUUGGUAGGUGGUGUAAUUGGUGCCAGGAAGCCUGUGUUCGACAUUUGGGGUAAUACGGUGAACCUGGCUUCUCGUAUGGACUCCACAGGGGUCAUGGGGAAAAUACAAGUUCCACAAGACAUUGCUAGGUUUCUGGAGGGAAGAGGAUAUCAGACACAGAAAAGAGGACUCAUCGAAGUGAAAGGAAAGGGGACCAUGGAAACUUAUUUCGUACUAGGCAAAGGGUCCAUGCAACAAGAAGGCACAACUAAACACACCACAAGAUGCAGGAGCCUUGCAGCAGUUGUGUAUGGUGUUGUUCAAGCACGUCGUAAACAAAUGAGAGCUCUUAGAAGGACAUAAGUAUUUUAUUUAUAUCAAUUCUUUUUGCCAAUUUUUGGGUGCCUAGUUAUGUACACGGUUCACCUUGGAUUGGUAUUCCAUAUACAGGGUAUAAUACCUAAACAGAUCACCUGAAUAAUACUAGUUACAUUUAAAUGACAGCAUUAUUGUUAAAUAUUCGAAUCAUUUUUAUUUAUAUCUUUUUUUAUUUUUGUAUUUAUUAGAUUAUAUUUUUUAUUUAUUUUUAUUUAUUUGACGCUUUUAAGGCAAAUUUAAUGACACAGAUUGGGACCAUUUGAAAUCUUGCAUGCAAUUUAUAUCUGGUUUCUGAACAAAAUAUUUGUAACACUUCAUUAUAAUUUUAUACUCCAUUUGAGUAUGAUUUAAAAAAAAGUGACUGAUCAUUAAGCCAUUGGAUUUGUUUUAAAAGUUAUACGUGUAAAUAAAAUAAUUUAUUUAUGUUUGAAAAUGACUUCAGUAUCAAAUUAUCAACGCUUUUAUUUACAUAUCCACUUUGAAAUUAAAUAACACUUGCAAUUUUCUAUUUAGCAUAAUUCAAAUCCGAUUUCUGUACAUAUUAAUCUUACAUAUGAAGUAACUAUAAAUACUAAUUUGACAAGCUGUAAAUCCAAAAUUAUGUACAAAAAGGUACGGCAAGAAAAGUAUUCACCUAAAUCAUAGAUUAAUAAAUAAACGAUACAAAAUUUAAGUAAUUUGCAAGAAUCAUUUAAAAUGUAAAAAUAAAAUUUCUAACUCGGUAUACAAAUACCAUUAUAGGGAUAAAUCAUGGAAUGGCGAAACAAUUUUGGGAAAAGUCAAUUUAAUAAUAAUUGUAGGGCAGCAGCGUUCAUGUUGAUAAUCAUAAUGUACAGCACAGUUGAGCUCUGUGUAACUGUAUAUUACAUUGUUAUGGUAAACACAAAUAUAUUGUAAUUAACCGUAAUAAUAAUCCAUGAUAAUAAUAGUUGUAAUAAUGAUAAUAAUAAGGCUAGCUACAGCAUGAUCUCCCGCUUAAAGAGAUCACCCGAUCCAACUGUACACUUUUACAACAUACUUCGUAAUAAUAAUCUAAUUACAUAUAAUAUAAUUAGGUAAUCAUUACAAUCUGAACCUAAUUAGAAUGUUACGACACGUAAGGAGGGACCGCAAGCCUUGUUCUUUCGAGAAAUUAACAUGUCGGAUUAAACAAAAAAAUAAAAACAUUUAUUUCGUGACAGAAAUGCCAUACUCUACAAUAUACAGAACUACUAUUAUAUAAUAACAUACACACAUUGAUUUCUCGAAAGCGAAGGUGUCUCUUUAAAAGAUCUUUUUUUUUCUUUAUUCCAUUCAUUUUUUCCUUUCCUCUCUUUUUAAGGUAUAAAGGCACUGUACACGUAAACAUACAAUAUUAUAGAAAAGCGCUAUAGGCGGUCCAGAUGUUACCUUUUUAAAUAGUAAAACGUGCCCGUUUAAAAAUAUCAAUGUGAUCUUUCCUUUCUUCCUUUUUUUUUUAUUAUUACAAUGCUACACGCUUAAAAUAGGGAGCGGUUUCCUUCGAUUCUAGCUGCAUUGGUCAACGCUAUAUUUUCUUCGACGCUAUAUAGUCUUAAACGUUAAGGAAAAAUAUAGAUGACUAUCAUAUAUAUAUAUAUAUAUAUAUAUAUUAUUAUAUCAGAAUGUGCAGAACUCACGGUAACUAUUUAGGAGGAAAUAAUUGGUCAAUGCGAUCAGAAGUUAAGAAAACGCUCCGGUUAAAGGUGGGAUCUGUUUAUCACAAUUUGGCAGUGAACGUUCUCACGUUUAAAAUACACACAGUUUUACAAGUUUUAAGCUAUACGAAUCUUCUUCUUCUUCCUCCUCUUAUUUUUCUUUUUCUUCGCUACAACUUGCUACAGUUCAUGAUACAUUUACAUGACAAAUUCGAAAAUAUUACUUUUCCCUCUUCGCUACAGUCAGUUGUUCAGAAAAAAUAAAUCUUUUUCUUCUUUUAAUAUCUGUUAGAUUAACCCACUCUGUAGGUAUUGAACUUAAACUCCUCGUACAUUGUUUUUAGUGAAAAUAUGAUUUUACGUGUGCUUUUUUUUUUAUUUGCGAAGCUCAAGAGGUUUUUAAGAAGAAGUCUCUAGGGGGUCUCAAUCUCCUCUGUGGUAAUUCUCUAGUGUUUGUGUGCAAUGCUAAAUUGCAUAACCUUUAAAAAUCAACAUUGUUCUCCGUAUGAAAAUACAAAGAUCUGUACGUGCAGGAUAAACUUGAGUGAUUAUUACAGGACGCAUAUAUUAUACAAUUUUUCGCUCCUGUUAUUUUUACUCCCGCUUUCAGAAAGAAACCAAAUGUUAUUUACAUUUUUUUUAAACGAUAAUUUAAUACAUCUAUCGAUUGAGUUCCCUCUAGUCAAGUUCUCUCUGGUUUCCUCUAAUUAAACUAAAAUUCACAAUUCAUUUUUAAUUACAGGGAUACGCAAUUUAAAAAAAAGGAAAGCUGUAAAGUAUUACGCUAGACACAUCAACUGGCAAACGUGUACUUUUGAAAUACCAAAUGUAACUUAAUAAGCAAAUGGUAUUUGAAAGUUUACAUUGACCAGUCUUACUAUUUCAAAUAGUACAUUUUAACAUAUCUAAUGAUCCUUUGUGUAUUUUUCUUCUUUUGACUCAAAAUCAAAUGUUUUGUUUGCAAGUUAUUCAAAAAAUCUCCAUUCCUUUAUUAACAGUAUCGCUCUUCGUUCAAAUAGUGAUGUUAUUUUUUUGAUUAAGAUACCAUAAUUUUCAUGGUAAAAUUUUAUUAACAAUAAUACUGCCAAUCAUUUAAAGCUACGUAUCAGAUUUCCAGAUUAUUUUCAUAAUUGCAGCAUAUUCAUAUAAAUAUGCUGAAAGGAAAAUUAAAACAAAGAUUUUAAAGAAAUAAUUCAUUAUUUGAUGAUAGAUAAGACAGUCAAGAUUUUCAGUGGUUAUUUAUAAAUUUUUUUAUCAAAAUGUCAGAAAUUAUUUUUCACUAAAUCAACCAAUGAUACUACCAGAAGAACUUGAAACUUCUUUAGAUAAUUAAAAUAAUCGCAAACAAAUUUAAAUUGCCAAUGCUGUGAUCCUAAACGUUGCAAUUUCAAUAUCACGUUAAUAAAAAUUUAACAUAUAUAUAACUAAUUCUUAUUUUUGUGAGCUUCCCAUGAAAUGGGUGUAAUUUAGAAAAACUACAUCCAGUUCUUAGAUCAUUGCAAUGUUGCUAUGAAAAUAACAGUUGAAAACUUUCCUGUUUAAAUUCAAAUUAAUGUUUGGUCAAAUUAUUUUGUUAACUACUUCCCUAUUAAUGUACACAGCAUUGCAAAUGAUCAAGGAAAUCAAUUUUCUAAUUCUGAGUUUGACUAAACUCAGUUUAAUCAUCGGUCACAGCAACAUAGGCUUCUAAAGGAAAUGAAUAAUCUUCAGAGCACCGAUUUAGUCCAAAGUUACAAUCAGCACAAUUAUAGGAGGUCCAGAAGUAAUAAUUUUGUAAAAUUAUUGUAUCAUUUUUACUUUGCUAAUGACAUGGAUUAAAAAAUUUGCAAGUAGGAACUUAGAAAAUUUAUACAUUCUUAAGUUUGUAAAUUUAUUUCAUGUUGGAUCUGAAGAAACUUUAGACGUAAAUUUUUGUAUUAUGUUUAACAAAAUCAUUGUUCUUGACGUCUCCUAUAAUCGCAGUAACUUUAGUUAAAACUAGUAUUCUCGAAGUUGUACAUUGCCCAUUUAGUAGUACACGAAGGACCACUUCUAGCUUGUUCAAUAUCAACUAUAUCGAAACUCUUGAGCCGUCUGUUUCGAUUCAUUUCGCAUUACCUAAUCUUAUCCUUUACAUUAAAUAUAUAUUUAUACACAAUUUAUUAAUCAUUAAUCGAAGUUGUCAAGUCAGUUCGAAAUAUUGGCAGAGCUCACCGUCACUUUCGGCUGCCAAUAUUACAUGCAUUGAGAUCAUUUGAGUGCAUGGAUUAAAAUACUCUUAGCUUCUGAACCGGUUAUGGUUGUCGAAAGACCAUAUAUGUACUCUGUUUCACGUCUGAUCGAAUCAUCCGAGUGAACUCGUAAAAAAAUCUUUGCCCAGAAAACGGAUUCUUCUAUAUUGAUAGAUCAUGCGAUUAUAAAUCUUACUAUCUGUUGUUUCUAUAUAGCAUAUACAUUAUACAAUUAAAGAAAAA